CCUGUUCUCGUUCAGUGAAGGAUGAGGAAGUUGCAACGAGAGAAUGUACCUUUCAUUAGAUGAUUCAAACUGCAGCCUGCCUGAUUAACCUAAAAAGUCCUAAAAAUGAGGACUUCUGCCUGAUAGAUCACUGAAAGGAGGAAUUAUUUUUAUUUUUUAGAGUAGUUGCUGAUUAAGCUUCUUGGCUCAAGAAGAAAGACGCUACUUGUUCUUCCUCCAGGAGUGGAUUUGUGGCUUGGCUUUCCCAUGGCUUCCUGCCGUGCUUUCGACCUCAGGGUGCUGGUGGCCGUUGUAUGUGGACUGCUGACAGCCAUCGUUUUGGGACUGAGCAUCUGGACAACUGUGAUUAAGAUCCAGAAAGAACUAUCAACCUCCUCACCAAGCAUCCCUGUAGAGUUCUGCAGGAAUGGUGGAACCUGGGAAAAAGGCAGAUGCAUUUGUCCAGACUUAUGGAAAGGAUGGAGAUGUACAAUCGCUAACUUCUGUGAAAAAAGUACCUAUGAGAGUUUUACUUUUGAUAGAAUUUCAGCAGGAAAAUAUGGAUCUUCCCAGCAAAGAUGUGAUAAGGACACUUUAAAUGCAGGCAAUCCAAUAGCAACCCGGCUGUGCAAUAUUACUACAGAUGGAGAGAUAGUAUUACAAAACGCGACAAUAGGAAAUUGCAAUGAAACUCUGGAAACCCUGGAAAAGCAGAUAGUCAAUAUCUCGACACAGUCUCUGAAUAUAUCUGCUGAAGCUCAGAUUUUAACAUCUGAUGUCGACAGAAUAACUCCGGAGGGCAUCAUUUCAGCUACUAGAGUGGUCGGGCAGAUCUUCAACCCAACCAGAAAUGCUGUCUAUGAGGCAAAAGUAAUUGCUGUAACAACAGUGAGUCAGCUUCUAGAUGCCGGGGACGAUGUUUUUCAAAAAGCUGCUGCUGCUGCUACCCAUAAUGAUGACACCUUUGCAACGCUUGUUGAGCAAAUGGAGAUUUAUUCCACGUCCUUGGGUAACAUGUCAGUGGUGGAACCUAAUGUGGCAGUACAGUCUGUGGAUUUCUCUUCAGAAGGCACCAUGCAGUCUACAAAUGUUCGCUUCUCUGUGAAGAGAGGAACUAGUGAUUCUCUCAUUUCUGGUUCCACAGUUGUGGACAGAGAUGUGAACGACCUUAAUCCAGAUGGGGAGACUGAACUUCAAAUCUUGCUCAGUACCGCAAACAGUGACACAAAGGCAUGUGGCUUUAUAGUGUAUCAAAACAACAAGCUUUUCCAAUCAAAAACUUUUAAAGCUAAAUCAGAUUUUAGUCAAAAAAUUAUCUCAAGCAGUACUGUUAAAAAUAACACUAGAAGUCAGGAAGCUUCUGUUGACAUUGUCUUUAACCCAAAGUAUGACCGAAAAGAAUUCCAGCUCCAUUCCUAUGCCUGUGUCUAUUGGAAUGUUUUAACAAAGGAUUGGGACACACAUGGGUGUCACAAAAAUAAGAGCACUGAUGAAUUCGUGUACUGCCACUGCAACCAUACUACUAAUUUUGCUGUAUUAAUGAGUUUUGAAAAGAUUUAUAAAUAUCCUGAACCACUAAGCACAUUAUCCAGUGUUGGCUGUGCCCUGUCCAUCACCGGUCUGGUUCUCACAAUUGUAUUUCAGAUUGUCACCAGGAACGUCAGAAAAACUUCAGUAACCUGGGUGUUGGUCAGUCUGUGUGCAUCAAUGUUGAUUUUUAACCUCCUCUUUGUGUUUGGAAUUGAAAACUCCAAUAAGAAUGUAAAGAAAAGUGAUAGUGACACCAGUAAGACUGACUCGGACAGAAAUGAAAUGCUCAUGCAAGACACUGUUGACGUCUGGAAUCCCGCGUGCACUGCGGUAGCUGCCUUGCUGCACUAUUUCCUGUUAGUGACGUUUACCUGGACUGCCCUGAGUGCCGCACAGCUCUAUUUCCUUCUCAUUAGGACCAUGAAGCCUCUUCCUCAACAUUUCAUUCUGUUCAUCUCUUUAAUCGGAUGGGGAGUCCCAGCUGUAGUGGUGGUUGUGACAGUGGGAAUUAUUUUUUCUCAGAGUGGUUCACAAUGGGAGUUAGACUACCGACAAGAAGAAAUCUGCUGGCUGGCAGUUUCAGGCAACAAUGGUCUUAUAUCAAGUCCAUUGUUGUGGUCAUUCAUGAUACCUAUCACCAUUAUCCUCAUCAACAAUAUUGUUAUAUUUAUUAUCAUUGUAGUCAAAGUGAUAUGGAAGACUAACCAGAAUCUGACAAGCACAAAAAAGGUUUCCUUCCUAAAGAAGAUUCUUAGUACAUUAUCUAUUACAGUUGUUUUUGGAGUUACCUGGAUUCUGGCAUACUUUAUGCUAAUUGGUAAUGACAACGUCAGGCUUAUCUUCAACUACAUGUUCUGCCUUUUCAACACUACUCAGGGAUUGCAAAUUUUUAUCCUCUACACUGUCAAAACAAAAAUCUUCCAGAGUGAAGCUUCCAAAGUGUUGAAGUCGCUGUCGCAGUCCACGGGGAGAGUGAAGGUGCUGCCGUCAGUGACCGUGCUGAGGCUGCGUGUGAGAAUGUAUAACAUGCUCAGGUCAUUUCCAGCCCUCAGCGGACACUUUAGGCUGCUGGAGCCGUCCGUGGUAGUAGAGGAAACGACACUCUGGGAAAGGGACCAAGAGGACACAAGCAUCUAGACAGUGAAACUACUACCUUUUGGAACCCUCUUUUUGUACAACUUACAUUAAGUUUUUGCUCAUUCUGUUUCUUUCCUUUAUUACUCAGUCCUCCCAGAAAGUCUCCCUCAAUAUACUUUGCUCAAGGCUAAAACCUGUUGUUUAUUAUCAUCAGGGAUAAUGGAUUUGGUAGUUUUUCUAUUAUUCGAUAGAUUCUCACCCAAACAAGGAAAAGAAUGCCACCUAACAGUCAAGAUAAUUCAGAAUAUCAUUGUUACUUAUAUCGUAAAUGUGACAAAUGUUGCUAAAACAAAUUCUUUUACAAUUUACUAAAAAGAACAUGAGGAGAAAAAUGUAUCUUCCAGAACAAAAUGAUUCCUAAUGAACACUGCAGGGAGUUGCUUAUAUAUAUAAUACUUUUGAUCUGUAUAUUUUAAUUUGUAUGUGCUUAUAUUUUUAUUUCUACUUCAGGAUUUUGUGCCAGUUUAACCUCUGGAAAGGGAUAUUUUUUUCUGUUCAAAAAAAGAGCAUGUUGGUGACUGGAGGAUUUAGCUCUAUAAGGAAUGGCAGUGAGACACAAAAAGAUGAGCUAGUUACUAAAGCCUCUAUAUAUUUCCUUCUGGUUCUUGAUACAUCGGUCCUUUUAUUGAGGAAGUGACAUUGAGACUCAAAAAACGAAAAGUUGGCACUACUUAUGAGUUUAGAAAAAUCUCACUGCUCAUGGAAUUUCAAACACUUGAAUGGCUUAUGAAUGGCUUCCUGAAGAAAAAAUGACCUCUACAGGAGUGGGGAGCUCUCCCACUGGACUUCGGACAUACAAUCUAUGAAUUGUGGUGUUCUGUUUUGUCAUAAACUAGGCAAGUGCUAUGAGUGCCCUGAACUAAGGGACUAACAAAUGUCAUGUGAGCUGUGCCAUACCCUUCUCACCACACCCUAAUGAACAUGUGGUUUUUUAUAGAAAUGGUUGUAAAUGACUGUUGGAUUCCUAGACAAGCUGAGAGCCUAUCUCAUCUGCAGUAUAACUGAGACCUUACAGGCUAAUGGGAAAAAGUAAAGAGAAGAGAAUAAAGACGAAAAGCAGUUCUCAGAGGUCUGUGUUUUUAGUAGUGGUAAUAUCCCUAGAUAGGGGCUGGAAAAAUUGUAAGAUGUGGUUGACAUAUUCUAUAUCCCAAAAUUUAUAUUCAGAUGAAAGUAAACUUUAAAUAAGAGCCACUUUAAAGUGAAAAGAAGAUCACCAAAGAGCCUCCUUUAGCCUGAGAGUGGAGUAUAUGUGUUCCCUUGGUGAUUUUAGUUUUCUUUGCACUUCUUCAGUCUUCUUGGGAGUAAAGCAACCAAAAUUCCCUAUAAUUUUCCUGGAAUGGCUAUACCAAAAAUGUGCAAACUUUACAUACAUAUUGUGGGGGAUAAGACAGCAGACAUUGAUGUUUACUUUCCUACCCUGAAAUCCUACUACUUCGGGAGUCAUUCUUAUUUUUUUUUUUUAAAGAUUUUAUUUAUUUAUUUGACAGAGAGAGAUAGGCAGCCAGCGAGAGAAGGAACACAAGCAGGGGGAGUGGGAGAGGAAGAAGCCGGCUCCCAGUGGAGGAGCCUGAUGUGGGACUCGAUCCCCGGACUCUGGGAUCACGCCCUGGGCUGAAGGCAGACGCUUAACGACUGAGCCACCCAGGCGCCCCGGGAGUCAUUCUUAUUGAUUUAAACCUUUGCCUCAGGCAGUGAUCAGGAAGUUUAGUGAUAGAGAUCAACUGAAAGUAGGUUAAGGGUCAAAGAGAACUUAAUGGCUCUGUUAAAAUCCAAAGGCUGAGUUGGUUUUAGGUAGGGUAACUAUAUGUUCUAGUAUGCCUGAACCUGUUCUAAUUUGUACCUGUUAUCCUGUUUUGUAUUACUAGCAGCCCCUUUUACUCUCAAGGGUCCUGGUUCAGGACAUAAAAUAUAUGAUAAUACUAACUUUAGGUCUAGAAUUCAAAAGCAAGGAGUUCAAAGAAUGUGUUAGGAUUCUGUUCCUCUCCCUGUUUCUUGGGUCUUUGUCCUUCUGUGUUUGGCUCCAUCUUCAAAUUGGAUUACAUGGCUGAACAUUGGCCAUUGGCAUCCCCUUUCUCCUGCCCUGCAACCUCCUUUCAGGGAAGGCCAGCUGAACCCAGAACCUGUGGGGCUCAGUUCCUUGUGAUACAGAGUAAAGCAGGGGCAGGAAGAGCAAAGGACCAAAGAACUGGCACAACUUCCUUGGUCAUGUGCCCACAUGUGCCCACAGGAAUUGUGUUCAGGGAAUAUUGGGCCAGCCUGAGUGUCAUGCCUACUGUGAAGUGGAGGGAUGGGGGAUGACCUUGCUGACAGGAUAUCUUGGAGUGGAGCUUAGGCAGUUAGUUACAUUGAGGAUGAGCUCAUCAAUCAUUUCCCUUACUCCGAAUAAGCCUGUUUGAUCCUUUUCUGAGCAGAGUUUGAAUGGGGUGGGUAAGGAAAGCAAUAAUUAAUUAUUUGGUGCUUUGCAAUUUGAAGAGCAAAUACAGGGGCCAUAGGAGCCAAAUGGUGACUUAACUUAAAAAGAAAAUUUCAGGAAAGGGAGACUCAGAGUACUGGUUCCCAUGAUAUGACAUGGAGCCCAUUUUCCAUGUUUCUGAUUGAUUCUGUGUGAUAACAGUGCCCUGUAGCCUUUCUGCUCGUGGCAGCACAUGUAGUUUCUUUGGGGGAACAAACUAUCCUGACCUUUAGAUUUUCUUUUCUGGGUCUAAACUGACAGUUCAGUGCUGCUUGUUUAAUUGUUGGAGUUUUGGUUGCUUUUUCUCUUACUCUUCCCAUUUUGAAGUUUACCUUACCUCUUUUUUUUCUGUUACCAACCAAAGGAGAUUAUUCUCAAAAUCAUUGUCUCAUUCAAAAGAACUUGGCAUUCUUUGCAAAUGUUUGGGAAACCAGGACCAAAAGUGCCAAUUGUAUCAUACCCACCUGGCAGCCCCUGGAGCUCUCUGGCUCUGUGGAACCCCCCUAAUAUGUCUCCCUGGGACCUCUGGUACCUGGCUCCUUGGAUGAGGUCCAAGACAGAUACCAGGAUUAGGUUCCAUUCCUGGGACAAGCAUGAGGGGUGCAGGGACAGUUACUAAGAGAAGAAAUGGCUUCCUACUUGCAUUUUUAAAAUACUGCUGAUUAUGUUAUGACAAUUUUGGAAGAUAUCUACAAAGUAUAUUUUUCAAAAAAGCAAAAUUCAUAAUUCCUUAACCUAUCAAAGAUGGCUGUUUUUCCAUGUUGUCUUAUGCUCUUUGAAUACAUAAGGAUUUAAAUAACUGUAAUUACAGUAAAUGAAAUUUUAUCCUGAUUUUCAUUUAAAUUACCCAGUAAUGCAGUCCUUACAAUAAUUGAUUGCAUAAUAUAGCAUAAGUUACUAAGUUCUAUUGGAUUUCCAGCUUAUUUAAAUUUUUAUAUUGUAGUGACACAUGAUUAAUAAACUGGUAUAUAUAUACUUUUUUUUCCCUUUCUUUUUAAUUAUUUCCUUAAGGUAAACUCUAAGGAUUAAGAUAAACGUGUCAAAAGUUAUGGAAAUUUGUUUACACUCCUUGUAUAUAUUAUUAUAUUGCCUUGAAAACAUUGCACUAAUUUGUAAUGUCACCAU